AUGUUACAUCUUAAUUGCAAUUCAAUUGGGAAUGAAGGUGCUCAAUAUUUGGCAAAUGCAUUGAAGAACAACAUAUCUCUCACAACACUGAUAAUUUCUCGCAAUCAAAUUGGUCUUGAAGGAACGCGAUAUUUUACUAAUGCGUUAAGAAAUAAUACAACGCUUAAGAUUCUAGAUCUUGCACAUAAUCGAAUUGACAACGAAAGUAUCCAAUUAAUUGCCAAUGCAUUACAAAACAAUACAACAUUGACCACUCUACAUCUCGGUUGGAACCAGAUUGGUACUGAAGGCACACGCUCUCUGGGAAAUGCAUUAGAAACUAACAGUACACUCACAACUCUGGAUCUUAAUCAUAAUCAAAUUGGAGCUAUGGGUACACAAUAUCUCGCCAAAGCAUUAGAAUGUAACAUAACACUUACAAAUCUAAAUCUUGCUAAUAAUCAAAUCACGAUUGAAGAUGUACAAUAUCUGCGAAACAUUUCAAAAGAUGCUUUAACACGAGUUCAGUUCUAA